AUGCUUCGUGGAAAUUGUCUUAUUAACGACUUAAAAAUUCUAAUCAAUAAUCGGCUAUACAGCGAUUUAGAAAUCAAAUGUAAGGAUGGGAUUAUCCUUUAUGGUAAUCGUGCGGUUCUUGCGGCUCGUUCUGAAGUGUUCAACAAAAUGCUUUUUAGCAGAACAAGCGAAAUCUCUGAUAAACAAAUAUCAUUUCAAAAAAUUGAAUCCGCAGCAAUGAAGAUCAUUCUUGAGUAUUUAUACACGGGAUCGAUUCUUGAUGGAAGCUUGUCGAUAGAUAAUGCAUUCGAAACUUUUAAUGCCGCCGAUUUUUUCCAAUUGAAAAAUCUCCAAGACAUUAUCUCGAACUUCUAUAAACAAGCAUGCAAGGGGGAUGGGCAGGAAAUGAAGGAAGAUAAAUCACCAGAAUUGUUGUCAAAAGCAAUUCAAGUAAUGUCAUCGUCUGAUGAUAAUGGAAUUAUUGAUUUCUUAGUAAAAUCAGUUGCCAAAAUUCCGUUGGACACCAUUGGUUUCGAUCGACUAUCUCUUCAGGCCUUACGAUGUUUGUUAUCCAACACUAAUGAUAACGAGAAGGUUUUCGUGACUAGCGAAUACUCUGUACUACGUUUUACAAUUUUAUUGUCUGCAAAAAAUGUCUCACAAGCGGCCUUUUCUGCUUUAAAGAUAAGAUUACCUUUAUGGAAUAAAAUUAAUGAUGGUUUCAACUUUAAAAACAAUGACACAUCUGGUCUCACGGACAUUUGCACCUGUACUGCAAAUAAUAUGGCACCUCUUAUCGAAUUUAUCGAUCUCCGACGCAUUGAAGGAAAAAUUCUCAUAGAUAUUAUCGAACCGUUAAAUUUAAUUCCGCAUGAAAAGUUAAUAGCAGCCUACCGUUAUUAUACUUACGAUAAAGAUCCUAUGUCAGCCUUUCGUGGAAAACCGUUUAUUAAAGAAGAUAUUAAAUGGGAUAGGAACAAUUGCGGUCCAAGUUUAUUCAUUAGUCCUGACGGAUACACGGCAUCAUGCUCUGGAAAAUACCCAACGCCAAAUUAUUUAAAAACAAAUUAUGGAAAUCAUGUUAGAACAAAUUCUCUAAUGAUCAAUGGAAUCCAUGAACUUCACGUCAAAAUUAAGAAUAUUAACUUUGUAAGAAUUGGUGUUUGUGGAAAAGUGAACCAAUCUGGUUUUGGUCAUCGGCCUGGAUUUUGCUUUGCCAAUAAUCAACCUGGUUUUGCAUUUGCCAAUGAUCAACCUGAUUUUGGAUUUGCUAAUAAUCAACCUGGUUUUGGACUUGGUAAUAAUCAAUCUGACUUGCGUAAUUUCAGUUUUUGGUGGGUCUUUUUAAAUGGAGCUACUCUUUUUUCUGGCUCAGACCACACUGUGCCUGCAAAACCUGUUUCUCUUAUGAAAUCUUUACAAAGGGGCGUAGAUGAGCUUGUUUUACGUUUGAACAUGGAUAACAAAGAGUGCAUAUGUAUUUUUAAUGGAAGAGAAAUCUCUACAGGUUGGAUUAACCUCCCGCCAGAGUUAUAUUUUUUCGCGUCAUUAGAUCCAUCUGGAACAAUAACAAUCAUGAAUAAUUAA